UGUUGACAGUACUGCGCCGAUUAGUUACAGAAGUAUUGGCUGCUCGUAGGGCGAAGUGGUAGAGGUGUUUGACGUUUCUUUCGAAAGUAAAAUGUGACUUUCUCAUAGAGCAAGACGAUAGGAACUGUUCCUCGCGUUGACUUUUCGUGUUUCGUGUUAGCUGUGCAAUGUACAUUAAAUAUAUUCCAGUAUUUUAAUGAAAGAGAUUUAAUGAUGUCGAUAAAUGUCAUUAUGACGUCUUUUGAGAAAGUAUUUGUUGUUGUAUUAUUGGUAGCAUGUUUUGACAGAGUGUUAUGUGAAGGAAAAAUUUGUGAUGUGCACGUUCUUUUCGAGUGUGAGCCGAAUGAAAUGUGUGCACAGACAGAAAACGGUACAGCCGAAGGCAUUUGCAUUUGCAGAACCGGAUUUCAGCUUAAUGAAAACAUGUCUUGCACGCUGAUACCAGAACUAGAACAUCCCAAUAUUUCUAGUUCCGAAGCACCCUACAUUCGAACCGAUCAGAAGUAUUCUGGAGCUACAGCUUCUACAAUAACUGCUGGUGUACUGAUACCAUUGUCAGUGCUAGUGGUCUCAGGUUUGAUGUAUGUUGCUCAUCGAUAUAAGUGGCUGCAGCGCCUGCAGCAGUUUCGAAUGCGACGUUAUGAUGAGGUUCACAUUGGUCAAGAUGACGAUGAUGAUGAUGAUCCUCCACUUCAGUGAUUGUGUACAUGCCGAAUUUGCUUUAGUGCUUCUUUAAGACUGCUUGCAGCUGCCUUUAACCAAAUACACUGGAAAUGUGUGAAACAUCAUCAGUGCAAGCUAUGUAUGCUGAAGAGACAUUUUGUUCAAUUUUGACAGCGAAGACAUCGCAUGGUGGUAUUAUGAAUUAGUAACUUUGUUAAGGUGAUGAACAUGUGGAAUUAAUUUUGCAGUUCAUAUGGUUGCGAAGUGAAGGUAGAAGUAAAGACAGAUGCUUAAUGGAACAGCAGAAUUUGUACUGCUAGUUUGUGCAAUUUGCGGUUUUACUUUCUAUUAUAAUUUCAAGAAGUGAAUGAAUGAAAAUGACACAGGGAUAACCAAAGAAUUGUAAAGUAAUGAUUCAGAGAUUAUCGGAGAGCAUGAUGUGUUUUUGAUGUCAUUCUGAAGCACAAUAAAGUAUUACACACAG